GUCGCAGAGGCAGAAAUGAAGGAAAAGUCCAAGAACGCAGCGAAGACUCGACGGGAGAAAGAAAACGGAGAGUUUUACGAGCUGGCCAAACUGCUGCCGCUGCCGGCGGCCAUCACCAGCCAGCUGGACAAGGCGUCCAUCAUCAGACUGACCAGCAGCUACCUGAGGACCAGGAGCCUGUUCAGCACCGGACCCGGUCAUGGUGAUGGAUGCGGGCAGUCAAAACGAUUCAGUCUUCUGGAUGACAUGGUGAAAGAACUGGGUUCCCACCUGUUACAAACUCUGGAUGGCUUCGUGUUCAUGGUUGCUGCUGAUGGCAAAGUCAUGUACAUCUCUGAAACGGCAUCAGUUCACCUUGGCUUAUCACAGGUGGAGCUCACUGGGAACAGUAUCUUUGAGUACAUCCACCCGUCUGACCACGACGAGAUGACGGCAGUGCUGAGUCUUCACCCGCACCCACAGCAUCACAUGGAAUAUGAAAUUGAGCGGUCCUUUUUCUUGAGGAUGAAGUGCGUCCUGGCCAAACGCAACGCAGGACUGACGUGUGGAGGAUAUAAGGUGAUCCACUGCAGCGGCUACCUGAAGGUGCGUCAAUGCCUCCUGGACGUCGCUGUGCGUGAGUCCUGCUGUCAGACGGCGUGUUUGGUGGCCGUUGGUCACUCGUUGCCCCCCUGUGGGGUCACCGAGGUCAAACUGCACAGCAGCAUGUUCAUGUUUCGGGCAAACCUGGACUUUAAACUCAUCUUUAUGGACUCCAGGGUGGCAGAUCUGACAGGAUUUGAGCCCCAGGACCUGAUAGAGAAGACUCUGUACCACCAUGUUCAUGCCUGUGACGUCAUCCAUCUGCGCUGUGCUCAUCACUUAUUACUGGCAAAAGGACAGGUGACGACAAAGUACUACCGCUUGCUGUCGAAGCAUGGCGGCUGGGUGUGGGUUCAAAGCUAUGCCACUAUUGUCCAUAACAGCCGCUCCUCCAGACCUCACUGCAUUGUCAGCAUCAACUACGUCCUCACUGACGUAGAGUGCAGAGAUCUGCAACUGUCAGAAAACCAAACUGGAGUCACAAAGUCUGGACUCAGUCUUAUUUCGUCUCAGGAGCACCGCAGAACCCUCAGAAACAAGGCUGGAAAGUUUUGGAACAAAGACAGAGCAGCUCCCUACACUCAGACAGGUCCAGCUAUUCCCCUCAGAGGGGGCUGUGGAUGGAGAGAUCCCCAGUCCCAGACCCAACUUGCAGAGAACAGAGCUCCAGCUCCUACAGAGGCACCUACAGCCUGACCGUCCCUUAUCCCUACAACCACCUGGACCAGGCUGCGACUCACAGCUCAGCGACCUCCUCCCACCUGGCUCAUCAGCUGAUCAGGUCGCUCCACAGCGGAGGGCCUGUCAGUUGGACCAUCAGCAGUCCCAGGAGACACCAUAACCCAUUGUC